CUUACGUGAGAAUCCGAUUCUAACCUCAACGUUCCAUAGCCCGAACCUUGAACGCUCAGGCCGCUUGUACUAGUACACGCGUGCUUGUAUCCAGAGGUUGGAUAUGUCAUCGUCUGGUGACAGCAAAGUUAUGUCGAAAUCACUUGACGACACUAGUACAUACUGCAGCGACAGCCUGAGGGACAAUAUCUGUAUCCGCCAUGUCAAAUAGUCAAUCGGUUGCCUUGUCACAUUGGUCACACGUCACACCAACCGCAUCCAACAACCACCAUGUCCGACGAUGAAAUGAAUAUCGAUGAAGUCGCUAACGGUGGCGGCGCUGUGAGACGGAGAGGCAGGGGAUUCCAAAACACAGCAGGUGGAAAUGAUGGCACAGUCACCACUGAGCCAACUUACGACAGGGUUGAAUCCUCUCAUGUCAAGGAUGACACGAGAGCCGCGCGAUCCGUUGAAGGUUGGAUCGUCUUGGUCACCAACGUACACGAGGAGGCAACGGAGGAAGACGUCACGGACAAGUUUGCAGAGUUCGGAGAGAUAAAAAAUCUCCAUUUAAAUUUGGACCGGCGCACGGGUUAUGUCAAGGGCUAUGCACUCGUGGAAUAUGAGACCAUGGCUGAGGCUCAGGCUGCUAUUGAUGGCGCGUCGGGAACGCCACUACUAGAACAGGCGGUCCAAUGCGACUACGCGUUCGUUCGGCCCCCUCCAUCGGGCCCGAAAAAAGGCAGAGGAGGUCGGGAAGGGCGCGGUCGGAGUGCUAGUCCGUCACGCAGACAGAGAGACUGAGGUCCCGGCAAAAUUGUCAUACCUGCAUAUCGUUAUAAUUGUGAUGCAGGGAGAUCCGAGAACCGCAGUUGGGCAGUGUGGAACGUGAAGUUGCCACUCGGCGCACGUUUCAAUGUGCGCGUGCGCGGCUGGGCUACUUAUACUUCCCUGUAACACAAUACUGCCAGAUUAUACACUAAUGUGACUGCAGUUAGACCAAGACAUCCCCAAGGGCGGCCGGGAUUUGCCGAGUGCCCGUCGACAAGCUUGUUUACCUUUGUUCCAAACGAUUACAUAACGCCCGCGCCACCAAGUUUCUUGUU